AUGGAUGACAACAAGAAGAACAGAAAGCGAGGUCCUCGGCAUCGCCGAGGCGUUCUGAUUCUCGUUCUGCUUCUCGUCGGCGUCGCUGCGUUCCUGGGGUUCGCGUUCAGCUCCUCAUCCAAGUACAGCAGCCGAAAUGGCGUUCAACAAUCUGAUGGCGUCAUUGGGCAAGCGGCAUCAGAAGGAGGGAGCGGGUGGAGCUUGCUGGGGCAGGGCAUGCUGGAGGCGGUGGGGAAGGUGCUCAGCUUCGAGGAGCGCCAAAGGGUGUCGGAGGACCUCAAAGAAUCCGGCGACGACGACCACGAGGCCGAGGCGAUUGUAGCCACAGCUCCCCCCGGCAGCACAAGAGCUACAGGCGACAUGGCAGCAGCAGCGGCAGCAGCAGCGCUAAAACCCCGCGGAGGGGGCAGCUCGAGCAGCACUGCAGCCGCCCUAGCAGACGACAACCCCCUGAAGAACAAGACAAUGGCGGAACUCAGCUCGCUGGCCGUGGGUGUGACUGUAGACCGCGUGCCUCUAUCGGGGUUCAUGGGCGUGGAUGGGCGGCUGGGGAUCACGGAUGGCAGCUGCGAGGCUGCGUCUGGAGAGAGGGACUGUCUGCCGCAUGGCAUCUGCAUCAACGGGAAGUGCCAGUGCACCCUCCCCUACCAAGGUGACUUCUGCCGCUCCUCUCGCCGCCCCUUUGUGCGCAAGAAGUCGACCUACGACGGCCGCUUUGUGCUGAGCGUGAGGCACGUGCGCAAGGCACACGGAGUCAAGUACCCUCUCACGCCCUCCCCUGGCUCCUAUGCUGCUACCAACGCUGCUGCUGCUGCUGGGGCAGACGGAGGCGCGGAGGAGGAGAAGGAGAAGGAGGGCGAGGGCGCGGCGUUUUUCGAGGCGCCGUUUUACACGGCGGGGAAGGUCAACCGCGUGGUGUGGGGGAACCUGCAAAAGGGCAAGCUGAUGGAGCUGGAGCCGAUGGUCUCACAGGCACUGUUAGAGCACCUGCCGGGCAGCGACCUGCUGCAGAACGCGCUCUUCAACUCGUGUGCCAUCGUCGGCAACUCCGGCUUUAACCUGCUCUUCCGAGAUGGGCACCUGAUCGACAGCCACGACGCUGUGUUCCGACUCUUUGACGGUCCCACUGUGGCGCGCAGUGGAGAGGGCGCAGCAGCAGUGGCAGUGGACUUCACGGCGUUUGUGGGGAAAAGGGCCACCAUGCGAGUGGUGGAUGAGGACACAAUCGGGUUCAGCGAGGGGGGCGAGAUCACCCUCAUGAACGUCGCUUCCAAAAAGGGCUUCUACGGACACUUCCAGUUCCUGAACGAGCAACCAGACGCCAAGUCGUUCCUCUUUGACCCGGAGUUCUCCACAUACGUCACUGACAACAUCGGCCCCCUGCCUUCCCCUCUCGCCAUGAUGCUCUUCCUCGCACUCCAGAAAUGCGCGUCUCUGGACGUGUUUGGGGUGCACUGGCGGCCAGGAUACGGAGUGCCAGAGCUGUACUAUAGAGAGACAGACUCUGACGCGGAUGUGGUGUACCAGCAGCCAGCAGACCUGCAGCUAGUCGAGACCCUUGCUCGCCUGAACCUGGUGGGGCUGGGCCAGCCGUGUGUGAUUGGCUGUGAGGCCGAGACGCGCAUUCGCUGCGACUCAUGCUCUGCUGGCAGCUCGUGCGCCUGCGGCCGCCACAACCCGCUGCCCGUCGCGCUGCCCGGGUUCUGCCACCUGCCCGGAAAUUACACGUGCUUCUUCCGAUGCGACGGGAAGUGGGGCAACGCAUGCCAGGGUGGGCCUGGCAGCAGUCUCUGCCCGGACGACUUUGACACCACCGACCGACAGUGUGCCACUCCGGCAGAUACGCCUCCCCCAGAAGAGGCCCCGUGGUGGGCGCGGCGCGGGUCAAUGCGCGAGUUUGACUCCAAGUUUGAGCGCGCGUACCGGCAGCUAAGGAAGCAGAAGAUCCGCGAGGCCAAGGAGAGGGCCAGGACUGCCAGGGCUGCGCGGCUGAAGAAGAGAGAGGAGAGAAGCAUGCGCCAUGGGACGCACUCGCGUUUAGGUCGCCCGCUACAAGCGAUGAAAUCGUCCACGUCGCGCGACGCGCUCUCGUCGCACGGGUCGUCGCCACCGUCGCGCGUCUCCAGCCUGGGGUCGCUCGUGUCGCACGCAUGGGCCAUGCUUGGUCUUAAACGAAGCAACUCUAAUAACGAACGCUUCACUGGCAGCGCAGGCAGCGACGCACCUGAUUGGUUCGGCGCCGAGUGGCUUCGUUUUAGUCUCGUUGCGAUUAACGCGUGCCUCGUUAUCCUCGUUAUAAGCGAACUCUCACCGUUUUGCGCACGCCCUUGGGGAGGCGGCGGAGAGGGGGGGCUCCCCCAAGCCGCGUCCGCGGAGGAUUCGGGGAAACUUGCGCGGAUGCGGGGGCUGCGGCAGGCGCUCCCGCUCUUGCGACUCGACAGCGGCACGCUCUCGCAGCCAGGAGAUUCAGGUGCCUCGGGCGCCUCAGGUGGACUUUCAGGUGGGACAACAACAGAAGAGCACGUGUGCUGGACGUCAUCAGGAGACUAUGAAGCACCAUCAGGCGUGGUGGUUCACGGCCGCGGCUGCUCGUCCUGCCUGCGCGGGCAGCGCUGCUCCUUCCUCGUCUCCAUCCGCGCGCCCGCCCACUGGAUUGCGCCGGAGCAGGCAGGCAAGGGCAGCAGCAGCGGCAAGCACACGUGGUGGCAGAGGGAUGUCUCUCUGCUGCUCCACGGGCCAGCACUAGCCCAUGGGGACGUGAGGUGCCUUGAUCCCCCUGGCUGCCUGGAGAUGAGUGUGUCCUACCGCGUGUGGGACAUUGGGGAAUACUGGGCUACCCUCAACGUCGGCUGCGCCAAUCUCAACUUCUCAGCAGCUUCCUUGCAUCAUCUGCACUCCACGCUGCAAAACACUCUCACUUCCUGGCCAAUCACAAUUCACCCUCGCUUCCGAUCCAACUCGCCGAGCCUAGCUGCCAAGCCUAACUUGGCUAAUGGCCUGAGCCUAGCUGUCAAGGCUAACCUACGCAAUGGACCGAACCUAGCUGCCGAACCUCCGCACCGAGAUUCUGAUUCUCCGAACCUGGACCCCCUUCUCAGCAGCUCGCCUCUCCGAGCCUCGUUGUUGGAAUCGCCACAGGCAGAAGGUGGCUUGACCCGAGGCUUAGAAGCAGAGACGAAGCUUCCUGAGAGCCCCUGUGCUGGUGCUUCGGUCCCAGGAAGAUGGGUGAAGGAGGAGGGAGGAGAGGGGUACAGGUGGUCAUUCUUCCCUUGCUCGCGUAAGGAGCUCCCCCCCUCUCAGUGGAUUUCAGCCCUCGAUCGUCGCGGCAUCCGGGAGAUCUCGAUCGUCGGCGAUUCGCAUCAACGGUUCCUGACAGCCCACCUGUUCUUCCUGCUCACGGGGGAAGACAUGACUGAGAUGGAAAAAGGGCGGACUGUUAACGAGAGUCGGGUGUACAUCGCAAGAGAUGAGACGAACAAAACUCUGAAGAUUAACUUUUACUGGAUUGCUGGAGUCUAUGAGGAUUGGGAGAACGGGUGCAGCCACCCACACUCUCUCAACCGCACUGGACCGUUCCCGACCAUUUCACCCACCGCUGAUGUCACCCUCUUCGAAGCUGGUUAUUGGGCCGCCGUCUUUUGCCGAGAGCCUCUUAAAGCCCUGCGCACCCACCUGCAAAAAUUCCUCCGGUGGGCUGUUUCCACAGCUACCCCCGGAAAAGCCAGGGUGGUUUUCCGCACUAUCCCGUCUUUUCCCCUUAGGGGGGAUUGGUGUAACAGCUGGCAUCCCGGGCCGAGUUCGAACCGAGCUGGCAUGGCGAUUAACGCUUUAAUGAAGCACCUUGUAAGGGGUAUGGAUGGGAAUGCGCAACAAGGGGGAAGAGAAGGGCACGAAGCAGAGGCGUGUAAAGCAGAUAUCGACUGUAGCUUACAGCAAUUGCCAGAGGAGGAGCGGGGGGAGGAGUCUGGUGGGGAAGGAGGAGGGCUGCCAGCAUCAGCAACGGCAUCAGAGCCACCAGCAGCACCAUCAGCAGCAGCAUCUCAGCCGUCGAUCUUGGAUCUGUGGAUGGUGGACGGCCCUCGUUACACGGACACAGGUCGCCCCUUCGAUCACCAUUACUCUGCUCUCGUGCACGCAGGGCCGGGGAAGGGGCAACCUUUAGUGGUGAAGGGAGAUGUGGGGGAGGCCCAUGUGCGAGCGCUGAUGCACUACCUGCUGCAUGUGAUGCGCUGA